UUUGUGAUGGCUCAAUGUUUCUACCAGCAAAAACUAUCCUGAGAAAGGAUGUUGGGAUUGGCAGCUUAGAGGAAGUGGCUUUGUUGUUCCACUUUGUUGUUCCACUUUCAGCUAGAAUGCAUCGCUAUUCUUUAUGGAAAUUAAUAACUCUUGUUUUCCACAGAAUGUUCACCUUCAGCUGUGACUGCUUUGCAAACAGUGUAACAGGGCUCAAUCUUACAUAAUGACUAAUGGAUCAGUCUGCUGUGGUGGAAGGAGUGGGGCUUGGCCACACCUCUGAUCUAGAGUGGUUUUUGAAGCUGCAUUCCCAUCCCCUGCUCUCAAGCAUAGGCAUCUUCUAUUGUAAUUCUUGCCUGUCUGUAACAGCCCCAGCCCCUUCUGACUUCUACCCUCAGUCUUCCUCUUACAAAUUCUCAACUUCCUCUUAGAAGUAAAGAGUGAGCACCAAACCUUUAAAUAAGAGACCUGAAACAAAAAGCUGGGGUGUUCUAAAUAUCUUGCACGCACAACCUCGGGAAGAUGUAGUGUGAUUAAUUCAGAGACUCCAAAUAAGCCACUGCAGAGCUCUUUGUGGAAGAUAAAAAGUAGGCUGCCCCAAACCACGCUGCACAAUCAUCCUGUGAGCCUUCACGAGGGGUUGGAGGAGUCAGCAUCGUAAUACAUAACAGCCUGGAUGAGUGGGCACCGUCUUCAGCACUUGCUGGUGUGUGUUGCGAAAGGACACCCUGCAAAAAUGCAUUCAGAGGUGGGACCAGAAAAUACUCUGAGAAAUAGGGUAAGAAGUGCGGAAGGAAUUUGUGGGUCAAUAAGGACCACAGCCUCAGCAUGAGAAAUGUUGAAGUUCUGAGUGCUGAUGCUCCAGUGCGCAGGCUUCUGUGUGCUGAGGGCUUUCAUUAGGCCAGGUCUGGUUUUCAUUCUGGGAUGAGAGUGGCCCUGAGAAGGCGCAGCUCCAGCUGCGUUCCAAGGCUUCUGGCAGCGUAGCUGAAGUAAAACAAGGUCAUGUGUGCACAAGCGCGAGUUGCACUGCAGAUUCUUCAUAGCAGACAUGCAAAGAAGAGCGUAGCCAAACCACAACUCUCUCCCCUCCACCUCCACAGAGCCCAGCUUCUAAACAGAUAGGGGGUUUUGAAAAGCAGGUUUGAGAGAGUCACGGAAGGCUUGCUGCCAUUUUCAGGAUUUUGCUUAUGGAAUGGGAGGACAGGGAAAAGCAGAGUGGUUUUGCAUCACCAACCGUAGGCAGUGAGGCCAUGUGCUGGCUGAAAAGCCUUUGGGACUGUUUCCCAGUCUAGAAUAGACCCCACAGCUGUGGCUUUCUGCUCCAUGGUGCUGAAGGGAACGGGAUCACAGCAUAGGCAUGAUGUCAGGGCUCAGAGCAGUCUCAAACCAGAGACACGUGUGACAGCUGUGCUUCACUGAAUUGUAGACUUCCAGCUGGGAUAGAGCUAACUUUGAGAAGCAAGGGGAGCAGAGAUCGCGUCCCUCCCCAAGGAACUGCAGGAAGCCUUCCCCAGGCCUUGGGGUGCAGCUGCAAGCAGUUGGUGUCCUGCACGUGCCACCUCUGCUGCUCUCUUUGAGAGAAAAUGAAGGUGCUGCUGGGCCUGACUCUGGUGCUGACAUUACUGGGGAGGAGCAGCAGCUUGGCUGGAUGGGUGUUCACAGAGCCCUGGCUCCAUGCUGAUGCUGGGGACUCUGUCCUGCUGCGCUGCCUCUUCCAAGACCCAGAGGCCACGGGCUGGACGGUGACCAAAGUGGACUGGCUGCGGGUGCCAGCGGCUGGCACACAGAAGGAGGAGAUGGUAUUUUACUACUACAGCAACUCUAGUGUCCCCGUGGGCCGUUUCCAAGGCCGGGUGCAGUGGCAAGGGGACGUCUCCUGCUGGGAUGGCUCUAUCCAGCUGCAGGAUGUGCAGGUGAACGACAGUGGCAGGUACACGUGUGAGGUCCGUCUGUUUCAGCACGGCAGCAUCUUCAAGAACUACACGGUGCUACGCGUCAGCCCUGCAGCACAGAGAGAUAGAGGAGCAGAAAGUGCCCAUGCCCCGGGGCACACUGGAGUUUGGGCUGUGACCGUGUGCUGCAGUGCUGUGGCCGUGGUGCUGGCUUUCCUGGCGGGACUCAGCCUGAGGAAGAGGUCCGCAGCCACCACGGCCCUGGAGAGAGCCAGAAAUGAUGGCAGCAAGGACAAAGCCAAGGAAGGGCUUUACUCCUCGAUCCCUGAAGCCGAAGUACCCAAGGCUGAUCAGGAUGCAGGGAAGAAGAGGAGAGCUGAGGAGACCUACAUCACCAUGCACCCCUCCAUCCUCCGCGAGAAUGGCGUCUACGUGGAGCUGGCCAGGGGCGUGAUCCCGGCAGAGUGGAGGACAGAGGGCAGAUGGGAUGGUGGGCACAUCGAGCAGCCCUACAGCCAACCCCAGGAGGAACUUCCUCGUGCCCCAUAGAGGGGGGAAUAGCCAUACUGGGGCUGUAAACCCCUUAACCAGCAGCUACACGCAAGACUUCUUUGCUCCUUGGGCUGGUCGCUGUUAUGCUGCUGUCAGCCCUUCACUGUUACCUCCAUCCUGAAGUGCUGCUGGGGCAGGGUGUGCCUGGCAUCUCCAGGGCAACCUGGGGAGGUGUCUCCUCUGGAUCCCUUCUCCCUGGUCCCCGGAGGGGGACACAGAGGGCACAGUCCCCACUUUGCAGCAUUGAUCGAGGUCCAUGCUGCUCCAGGACUGGGUAUAAUGAGGAGAGCCUGGCGGGGGAGGGAAGGGGGGGUGUGGCUGUGCAGCGAUAUCUUCUGCAGUUAAUAAAACUCAGCGAGGCCCAGG